CGGGCGGCCAUGUCAAUUUCAGCGACGACGGGACUGACACCGUCAACUUUGCGCAACACUCACACCUCUUUACAUAUUUUCACUUGACUGCCAGCUACUUUCUAACUCUUACCUUCUUUGUGUCAAAUUUGAUUUUAACACCUUCACGUCCUUCAUCUCCCGCUCAGCACAUCGAACUGGAAGACGCGACGAACUUGAAGUCACCCAGCAAAUAAGAAUCGAAACACGUGACCUGGCGAAGUUCUCGUCAUGUCUGACAACGAGUUUGGCGCGAAUGACGAUUUGUCGCUCCCAAAAGCGACGGUCCAAAAAAUCGUUAGCGAGAUUUUGCCCCAAAGCGACGGCAUUACCUACUCCAAAGAGGCCAGGGAUCUUCUGAUAGAAUGCUGCGUAGAGUUCAUCACUCUCAUCUCGUCUGAGGCAAAUGAGAUAUCGGAUAAAGAGGCCAAGAAGACAAUUGCAUGUGACCACAUCACCAAGGCGCUCGAAGUCCUGGGUUUCUCCGAAUAUGUGCCGGCAGUGCUCGAGGCAGCAGCGGAGCACAAGGAAGUCCAAAAGGGACGUGAGAAGAAGGCCAACAAGUUCGAGCAAAGUGGACUCAGUCUUGAGGAGCUGGAGCGGAUACAACAGGAGGAAUUUGCCAAGGCUGCAUCGAGGCAUCAUUAAUCAGGACGUUGGUUUUAUAUUUGCUACUAGGGACGUUUGGAGUUUUAAGGGAUGGAUUAGGGCGUGCAAUGAAAUAGGAAACCUGCACUCAAUGGCUUUGCAUUUGUUUGGCGUUUGGCCUUGAUGGGAAUGAGUUUUUCUCUCUUUAGCUGCUAUUUAUUUAGCAAUUCAAGCACAUAACUUCUCC